UGUCUCCACUCAUGGUUAUCGAACCAUACGUAGGCACUAAAACAUUAGCAUUACGCGUGUUGAGAUAAGCCGGAAGGUGGCAAAAUGCUGCAGAUCGGUGCAAAAUUGUGCCUGGCUUUUGUAUUUUUUCUGGGAAUCAACGAUGUUUCGUCAGAGACUGUUCAGGGGUCCAUUCUGUUAAAUAGUGGUGUCUUUGACAAGAUUAUUGGUAAAUUCAAGGCCGUAUUGGUCAAGUUUGACGAGACCUAUCCUUAUGGAGACAAGCAGGACACAUACAAGGCGGUGGUGGAGGCCACAUUGUCACAGUCUGAUAUACUCUGUGCUGAAGUGCAAGUAGCAGAUUAUGGAGAGAAGGAAAAUGCAGACAUUGCUGAGAAAUAUGGAGCAAAGAAAGAUGAUUUUCCUGUGUACAAACUCUUUGUUGAGGGCAAAGAGGAACCCUUGACUUACAAAGGAGAUGUUAAAAAAGCUGACGAUAUCAAAAAGUUUUUGAUCAGAGAAUCAGGUUUGUGGCUUGGACUUCCAAGUUGUCUUGAAGACUUUGACAAACUGGUUGCAGAAUUUCGCAAAACUCCAGAUGAGAAAAAGGCAGAUAUUUUGACAAAAGCAGAAGAGUUAGCUGAAAAAUAUACCACAGAAAAAGAUAAAAGAGCAGCAGAAAUAUAUGUAAAAACCAUGAAGAAGCUGCUAGAAACACCAGAAUUUGUGGACACUGAAAUUAAAAGGGUGGAAAAAUUAAAAGAUGGUAAAGUCAGUGAUAAAAAGAAAGAACAACUUAAUGACAGACUCAAUAUUUUAACUUCAUUCCAAAUGAGGCUAAAGGAUGAACUUUGAUUUUGUGAAGAAAUUUUAAAAAAUUUAAGUCAUGCAUUUAGAAAUUCAUUUACUCCAGAUCAUACUUGCAACAAUCAUGAAUGUAAGCUGUAAAAUGAGUUGUUCCCCUUUUUCAAAUUUUCCAAGGUGUAUGUACAUGUAUUUUGAUUUUCUUUUCUACUUUUUUAAAAAAACAAAAUAUAAAUCUCUAAUAUGUGGAAAAUGUCUCUCAUUUUAUUUAUGUUUCAUAUGGUGCUAUGUUCUUUGAAGUGAAAUGGAAAUUGAAGUCAUUUUCACAUCUUUAUGACUUAUUUCAAGUGACCAUAUAAUGUUUCUGGUGAAAUACUAAAUAAAUUCUUUAAAAAUUACAA